UGCUAAAUAUACCUGUUUUUCAAACCCAACUCCCAAUGCUAUAUCAAACCACCCUUUUCUUUUUCCUCACUCUCUUGCCUCUCAUUCAUUCCUCAACCAAAUCAUGGGUUGCUGCAUUAGCAAAUGCAAACCCAACAAAAACUCUCUUGAUCAAUUCAACAAACACCUUCAAGACAAACUUGUCAUCUCUCAUCAACAUCAUCAACCUCUACCACCUCAUUCUCCAACAACACCAACCCUUGCUUAUCCUUCAAACAAAAUCUCACUUUCACCUCUAUCACCUCCAUCACCAACCUCUUCAGUUUCUUCCUUCACAUGCACUACUUCUUCCAACACCAUCUCAUCUUCAAGCUCCAAUUCAUUAUCAUCUUUAACCUCCAAAGAUAGAUCCUUCUCCAAUGAGUAUCUUUGGUCAUGCUACAAGGAGAAUCCACACAUCAUCACUCGCAUCAAUUCCCUCUCGGAAUCUUCUCCUCUUUCCUUCAUCCCCACCAAACCUAAAAAGAUCGUAAACCCUUCACCAACUAAGGAAAACAUGCCACAGAAAAGAGUUCGAUCGAAUUCACCGACGAAUCUUACUCGACAGAAGAGUUUCAGAAAGGAAGUGGAAUUAUUACCAAUGAGGCCUAAUAGAAUGACGGGUUCACCUUCUCCAAGCCGGAGAUUCACCAUCUCAGACAACAGUGUUUCGAAGCGAAUAAGUAAUACGAAUAACAGUCCCAAUGUUAGUGUUGCUCAUUAUUCCCGUUCAGUUAAUUCGUCUUCUUCGAUAAGGAAAGAAGGCCUUAAAGCAACGAUCUCUAGUCCGAAUCCAAACAACAGUUUGCGACGGAUUCAUUCGUCUGGUUUGAAUUUUAGGCAGAGAGAAACCAUUGUUAAGGAUGUGGUUGCUAGUCAUAAUCACAAUGUGGAUUCAACAGUUAUGGAAGAUGUUGAUAAUCCUCUUAUCUCAUUGGACUGUUUCAUCUUUUUGUAGAAAACAGUGUGUCCUCUUCCUCUAUUUUUUUUGUUUGAUUUGGUGUUUAUACAUAGUUAAGAACCGGUUCUCUAUGUUUUUCUUUGAUUUUUUUUCUUUUACCUUUCUUUUUGGGGCUUGUUGAUUGUUGAAUAUAAAGGUUUAUUCUUUACUAGAAUUGAAGCUUGUAAGGUUGAUGAAAUUUGUGUUUCUACCUUUUAAUUAUAUAUGAUUAAAGAUACAGUUUUGUGUUCUGGU